CUGGGCCGCACCGUUUUUUUCGUUCGUGGAUAGUUCGCUAUGUUGAAAUAUUCUUUGAGGGCUGGGCCAUUUCUGUUCGGCCGGGAGGCCAUCGCGAUUCUCGUCUUCUGGAGCUUGCUAUCAUGCAUCAGUGUUGUCCGAGGCUCCUUCACCUUUUCGUUCGACGCGCCUACCGAAUGCGAUGAUCUCGUCUUAUCUUGGUCUGGCGGCGUCGCCCCCUUCACCCUCCUCCUGAUCCCUCUUCCGCUCCAAGUCCCGAUCAACAUCUCGAUCCCGGAUUCGGCGUUCUCGAAUGGGGCGGGCAGGUUCAGCACCCAGCUUCCGCUCGCCGCGAAGACCCAGUUCCUGAUGACCUUGUCGGACUCGACGGGAUUCGGAUCGGGCGGGACGACGGAGGUGUUGACGGUCGGGUCGUCUAUUUCCGGCGCGAGCUGCGAUACGACGGGGGCGAAGGCGGAUUUUACGUUCGAGCUGGACAAUGCGCUGCAGCAGUGUCGCCCUUUCACGUUCGGCAACUACAACGACGCGGUGCAGCCGGUUCAUAUUCUUGGCAUAGUUCCUGGAGGUGGGCAUGUUGCCAAGGAUCCGCCCGUCGGGCCCACCUCCUUCGACUGGGUGGUGGAUGCUGCAAGAGGGACGUCGAUAGUGUUCCUGAUGUUUGACAGCAAAGGGCGACAAGGCGGGGCCUCGGAUGUGCGUAUCGUGGACGCCUCGGACGACUCUACUUGUCUGGACAACCUAGCCCCGUCGUCUACCGCCAAUCCACCGGCGGAGAGCACGGUAUCUACGAGUACAGGAUCUGCGGGACAGAAUACGUCUACCGAGACAGGACAGUCAAGCCCUAAGUCUGGGGGUCUCAGCCGAGGCGCGAUCGUGGGCAUUAUCAUAGGCGUGGUGGUGGCGGUAGCGGCAGCCUUUGCCGCUGUUUUCGUGCUAUGUUGCCGCAGACGCCGACGCGGUGGAUGGAAUAAUGCCCGACGCCGACGCACUGUUGAUCUCCUUCCUAAUACUCUGGGUAUCGACAACCCCGUCUCUCAAGUAUACGCGUAUCCACGACCGACAACCAACACAAGAUACUCUUCCGAAGGAUAUGCCGCGAACUACCGCGAAUACCGAUCCAACGAAACGUAUGACCCGUACAACGAAAACUCUACGAGCACCGGACCGUCCCUGCCGUCCUCACCCGGCCACCUACCCAACCCGUACGGUACGCGCAGCGCGCGCACUUCGAUGACGCCCAGCAGUGUUCCGACAACCACGGCGACGUCGCCAGCGCAGCUAAAGGCGGCCAUGGCCGGCGUGCGGACGGGCCCGCCACCACUGGUGGUGCUACAUACGGACAUCGAGGAUGAGCUCGAGGAGGGCGUCGUGGUGGAGCUCCCACCGCAAUACACGCCGAGCCGUGCCCCGAUCUCGGCGGAGCGAAUACAGUCGUCCGUUGUCGGUGGCGUGCAUGUGCCGGCCCCACCAGUAAGUCCGGUUAUUGAAUCGGUAGUACGUGCAUCGUAGGUUUCCUGUGAAACGUCGAAGCUAGUCUGUACAUCUACUGCUAGCAUAUUAAUUCAUGUUUUUU